AUGAAAGCACUGCUUGUAUUCCUGGUCUCCCUUGUGGAUGUUACUAAUGCUCACAACUUCUUGGUCAUCUCUCCGAUCUUCGGAUUCAGUCACAUGAAGUUCAUGAGCAAAGUGGCUGAUAUUCUGGCCAACGGAGAACACAAUGUGGUAGGUGAACAGAUGUUUGAGAUGAAAUGAAUUGAGAACCUGUUCAGACAAUCCUGCAAGUGUACAACUACGAGCACUUUGGAACGAUUCGGAUGACUAAAAACAAGAAUGUUGAGGUAAACAAACUAAUAACUUUGUCUUCGUAAUGAUCAAAAGUCAUAUAGAUAGUGGAUUAUCACGACAAGGAGACGGCUCCGAGCAAUGAGGCAUCGGCGAGUGCGUUCAAUUACCUUUGGAACACUGAGGUUGUGAACGACCCGCUAAGCGGAGCCAUUUCGGUAUAAAAUAUAAUCAAAAUUGUUCCAGUAUAUAAUAUUGGUACUUUUAGACGUCGUCAGUUUUGUUUAGAGAGAUGAAAGCAAUGUGUGAAAGUAAGCAAUACUUCCCAGUAAAUCAUCAUUUUGCCCUUUUUUUCCAGAAGUGCUUCUCGACAAAGAGCUCCAUCAAUGGAUUCUCUCGAAGAAUUUCGACGGCUUCAUUUCGGAAACGUUCGACUUUUGCGGACUUUGUAAGUGGAUUUUAGAAUUCCGUCUGCUCACAGUCGAACGAUUUCAGAUCUCGGAGAUCAUCUCAAACUGAACCUCAUCCCGAUGCAUUCUGCCACCAAGAAUCUCCCGUCCGUUUAUGCAAUCGGAGAACCUUCCGUGCUCAACUUCUUGCCGUGUAAGUACAAUGACACUCCCCCCUGUUAUCUUAUCACCAAUUUCAGCGAUGCGUACCAACUACGGAGCCGACCAAACAGUGGCUGACCGAGUCAGAGACAUCGUCUCGCUGCAGUGCCUUGAAGUGGCAUUUGCGAGACUGUUCGAGAAGCAGUACGACCAAGCACACGCCCUUCUGAAUGGGGACGUCCGUCACUGGAAACACAUUCUGCAGACCGCCACCUUCUAUUUCUCGAAUGCGAACGAUUACGUGGCAUUCCCGACGCCAUCGCUUCCGAAGCAUAUUCAUGUGGGAGGAUUCACGAUUGAACCGCCGAAGAAUCUGAAACUGGAUGAGGAUUAUGAAAAGAUUCUGGCCUUGAGAGAAUCGACAGUACUCAUUUCAUUCGGAACGGUCGUUCAAUCGGCUGAUAUGCCGCCCGUUUUUAAGUGAGUCGAAUGAGUUUGAAUGCACGUCACGUGGAUAAUUUCAGAAACGGAAUCAUCGAUAUGUUCCACAGGCUACCGGAUAUUACUUUCAUUUGGAAGUACGAGGUGGAUGACGAGAGCAUUUCGAAGAGACUCCCGAAGAAUGUGAUCCUCAAGAAAUGGGUUCCUCAGCCGGCACUUUUAGCUGACAAGCGUCUGAAAUUAUUCAUCACUCACGGAGGACUGGGGAGCACUCUCGAAGUGGCGUACUCUGGAAAACCAUCGCUCAUGGUCCCAGUGUUCGGAGAUCAGUUGUUGAAUGCGAAGAUGUUGAGCAGACACGGCGGAGCAAAAGUGUACGACAAGUAUGAAUUGGAGGACGCGGAUAAGCUCACUGACGCCAUUCGGAAAGUCAUUUCGAACGAGGAGUUCAACACAAACGCCCUCCUAGUUGCCGAUCUACUCAACAAUCAACCGAUUGAUCCGAAAGCUAGCCUUUUGAGGCAUUUGGAGUUUUCUGCGAAGUAAGUUGAGAUUAUAUGUUGCUGGGAAUCAAGCGAUUCAUUCAGAUUCGGAAGAGUGCGUGCUCUGGAGCCGUACAAUGUGCAAUACAACUUCAUUCAGUACUACAUGCUCGACGCCUACGCCAUCCUUCUUCUCUUCGCCCUUUUCACAUUGUAUCUCAUACAUUUACUUAUCAGUUUCCUGUACCGACGGGUGUUCAAAUCGAAAUCAAAGACCGAGUAA